CCAUCGCAAGCACAGAGACAGAGAGAGGGGACGUACGAAAUGAUGUCUUGGAGAGCUCUGGUUCUGGUCGGACUGACAGCCAUUCUGUGCACCCUUGCCACGGCUGAAAAUGGAGACGACGUCCACCACUUGCCGAAGUUCACUUCGCUCGUGGCCAAAGAGAACAGGGAAAUCCUGGCACUGUCCGAGUCAGGGAAGAUAACGGCCAUCGACGUGCAUGAUGGCUACGGCGACGCUUAUCACCUCCAGUUCAUCACCAUGGAGCCUGGUUCAAUCUUCCUCCCUGUGCUCCUCCGCACUGACAUGGCCUUCUACGUUCACACUGGUAGAGGAAGAGUGACCUUCAUCAGCCAGGGCGGUGACGAGGAAGAAAUGGACGUCGUCCGCGGCGACGUUUACAGGCUCGAGCAAGGUACCACCUUCUACGUGAAAAGCCACCCCGAUCCCGCGAGAGAGCGGCUCCGGAUUCAUGCCAUCUUUGACACUUCAGAGAUUGAUUGUUACAGUGCAUUGGGGCUUUCUGCAGGAGCUUACUCGAAUGUCAGCGACUUAGUUCGAGGAUUCGAUGACGGCGUUCUCCAGAUGGGUUUUGGGGUUUCGGCGGAAACAGUUCGAGACAUCAAAUCUGCUCCGACGCCUCCUCCGAUAGUGCUCUCGUCUGGAAGGAAUGAGACGGAGGAGCCAAACUGGAAGAAAGAGAUCAUUGGAGCCCUUUUUGGCGUCAGAGGAACGUCCGAUUUUCUGAGCAAGAAGAAAAAGAUGAGCGGAAGCAAGGCGUUCAAUUUCUUCAAGGCCAAACCGGACGUGCAGAACGCGAAUGGAUGGAGCACUGCGUUGACGCACAAGGACCUCAAAGCUCUCAAGGGCUCCCAUUUUGCCCCAUUCAUGGUCAAUUUGAUGAGGGGCUCGAUGAUGGGGCCGCACUGGAACCCUAGGGCGACGGAGGUCGCCAUCGUGAUAGAGGGGCGAGGCGUGGUACAACUAAUUUGCCCCAGCGAUGCAUCGGGAAAGAAGAUCAGGGCCGCCGCCAGAUGCCAGAACACGAGGUUCGAGGUGAAGAAAGGGGAUGUGUUCGUGGUGCCGCGAUUCCACCCGAUGGCGCAGAUCUCGUACAACAACGAGACCUUGGCGUUCGUGGGAUUCAGCAGCUCGACGAAAAACAACCACCCGCAGUUCCUGACGGGGAAGAGGUCAGUGCUGCGGACGAUCGGCGUGGAUGUGUUGGCGGCGGCGUUCAAUGUGAAUUCGAGCGUGGUAGAGGGCUUUCUGGCCUCUCGGGACGAGUCGAUCAUGCGUCCGUGCACGUCGUGCGCGGAGGAGAUGAAAGCGAAGAUGAAGAGGGAGGAAGAGGAGAAGAGGGAGGAAGAGGAGGCGAGGAAGAGAGAGGAGGAGGAGGAGGAAGAAGAAGAGUGGGAAAGAGAGGAAGAGGCGAGGAAGAAGAAAGAGGAGGCGGCGGCGAGGAAGGAGAAGGAAGAAGACGAAAGGAAGAGAGAAGAGGAAGAGAAAGAGAAAGAGGAGAGGAGAUGGGAGGAAGAAGAGGAGCGGAAAAGAGAGGAAGAGUGGAAGGAAGGAAGGAAGGAGGAGUGAGUGGGUUUUGAACUAGUAGUCUCCGAAUAAAGACGAAGGAUGAAUAAUGAAUUUCUUUCA